UGUUGGUAAUGCACUUGAUAAUAUGAAUGAUAAGGGGGAAGUUUCUAGAAGUAGUGGCCUUGACUUGCAGAAAACAGAGCAUCUUGUUGAAGAUCAGGCAACGACUGCACCCAAAGGCAAGGAAAAUCAUUAUUUGCAAGAAAUAAAUGUUGAGAUGUCUCCAAGUUCCUUACAGCCUGAAGUCAAAGUGAAAGCAGAAGUCGAACUUGAUAAUACUACAGGGGUCUCUAUUGUGACACUGUCACCUCCUAAUGAUGUAAAAUUGGAUGGCGUGAAUCCCUUGGCCCAACAUGUAGGGAUUUCUGCUGAUCAAUUGUCUGAAAAUUCUAAAAUGGAUGAUGAUGCCACAGCUAGUUUUCAAUUCAGUGUCCAUAAAGUGCAAGAUACUGACAGGUUUAUGGCAAAAGUUGGUGAUUCACAAGCAGAUGGAGCUGAUGCAUCAGUCAAUGAUCCCUAUCAAGCUAUAUGUCAUUUGUCAGGCGCAGAAAGUUCCAUGGCGGUGUGGAAAAGUUCUUCUGAAUUGAAAUAUGGUUUAAGACCUGCUGAAGAGACAUUGAAAUCAGGGAGCACAGUCUUAUGUCCUCCAGCAAAAUCCAGUCCGAUUAAAAUGGUAGUAUCCAUGGGAAAAUCCUCUCCAACUUUGUCGGCCAAUUUGAUUUCUAAAUCCUCGGUUUCUGAUAGCCGUAGGCCUGUAAGUGUUCAAAAUCAUAAUUCUAGUGCUAAACAGAAGGGAACGUAUGAUGGCAGUGUCAGUAGUAAGAAAGACAAUGCCUUGAAUGAUUUGGUUAGAGAUGGAGAUAGUUGUGAAAGGGCAAAAAAAAAUGUGACAGAGUAUUCAAAAACUUCUGUCAGUUCUAUACCGAAAACAGCACACUCAAUCAAGUUCUCACAUGCUUCUGUAUCUAAGAAAACCUUGUCUGAUUCAAAGCAUCCUUUGGUUUCUUCAUCUUCUAAAACAUCAUCAGCCCAGAACAUUGCAGCUGCUCCGGACUAUCGAGAGUUGGGCUGUUCAUCGCAAACUGAUAGUGCUUCGCAUGUACAAAAUAAGAGUACAGCCUCAAAUUUACCCCACAGAGGUGAAAAAACUAACCAGUUAAAUUGCCAGCCAUCAUCCAAGAUGAACCAUGCAGCACCAAUGCACCCGCCUGCUCCUUCAAACUCCCCUGCUACACUGAGCGAUGAAGAGCUUGCUCUACUUUUGCAUCAAGAACUUAACAGUUCUCCAAGAGUUCCUCGAGUGCCACGCAUGCGUCAAGCUGGUAGCUUACCUCAAUUAACUUCUCCAACUGCUACGAGCAUGCUAAUGAAGCGGACAUCUAGUUCUGGAGCAAAAGAUCACGGUUUGGUUCCUAGAAGAAAAAGCAAGGAUUUAGCAAAAGACGGGCCACGAAGUUAUCGCGAUCCUGAUGAUGAAGCUAAGAAAUUGGAUAGAGUAGCUUCUUCGCUUGAUCAGAGAAAACAUGAUUCAGCAUGCUCAGCAGGUGCUGUUACCAAGAGGGAGACGGACUAUGGGCCACCAAAAGAAGUGCACUCUGUCAUGAAGAGUAUCCCUCCUGCCUCUACUGCAAGCAGUGGUCCAUCUUCCUCCACUGAGGUUAAUGAACAGAAUUUGUCAUCCACUCGCAACUCACCCCAAAAUGCCUCUGACGAUGAUGUUGAUACAGUGGGUCGUCAUGCCCAUCGCACUUUACCUGGCUUGCUUGCUGAGAUCAUGGGUAAGGGCAAGCGCAUGACAUAUGAAGAACUCUGUAAUGCAGUUCUGCCACACUGGCCUCACUUGAGGAAGCAUAAUGGAGAGCGGUAUGCAUAUUCAAGUCACUCACAGGCUGUUCUUGAUUGUCUGAGGAAUCGAAAUGAAUGGGCUCGGUUGGUUGAUCGUGGUCCCAAGCUUGAUUGUGACAAGCACCAGCAGAAUGGCUGUUUUGUGGAAGCUAUAUAUGAGGCCAAAGGUAUUGUGGCAAAGUUGGUAAAAUGCGGCAAGACAUCUAAUGGGUGGGGACCGUGGGGUGGGUUUGUUAGUGCGAGUCCAGGACCAUACUACGGUAUACUUUUAUCUGUUCCUGCGACGAAUGUAGGUACCUCUGGUCCAGAUUGGCUGGAAUUGGUAGAGAUGGAUUUCAUUCAGAACCAGUUUCAAGCUGUUAAUUAA